GGCGGGCGGUGCUUGGGCUUCAAUCAUGGCGGCGGCUGUGGAGUCCUGGUUCUGCCUCUGUGCUGUGCUACUUGUCCCUGCGGCCGCAGUCUACGAAGACCAAGUGGGCAAGUUUGACUGGAGACAGCAGUACGUUGGGAAGCUCAAGUUUGCCUCCUUGGAGUUCUCCCCUGGAUCCAAGAAGUUGGUUGUGGCCACAGAGAAGAAUGUGAUUGCAGCAUUGAAUUCUCGGACUGGAGAGAUUUUGUGGCGCCAUGUUGACAAGGGUACAGCAGAAGGGGCUGUGGAUGCCAUGCUGGUCCAUGGGCAAGAUGCAAUCACUGUAUCCAAUGGAGGGCGCAUCAUGCGUUCUUGGGAGACUAACAUCGGGGGCCUGAACUGGGAGAUAACUCUGGACAGUGGCAGUUUCCAGGCACUCGGGCUGGUGGGCCUCCAGGAGACAGUGAGGUACGUUGCGGUUCUGAAGAAGACGACCCUCACUCUCCAUCACCUCUCUAGUGGGCACCUGAAGUGGGUGGAGCAUCUGCCAGAAAGUGACAGCAUCCUCUACCAGAUGGUGUAUUCCUACGGCUCCGGGGUGGUGUGGGCCCUUGGCAUCGUUCCCUUCAGCCAUGUGAACAUCGUCAAGUUUAACGUGGAGGAUGGAGAGAUUGUUCAGCAGGUCAGGGUUUGGACCCCCUGGCUGCAGCACCUGACUGGAGCCUGUGGUGUUGUAGACGAGGCUGUCCUGGUAUGCCCAGACCCCAGCUCACAUUCGCUCCACACUUUGGCCCUGGAGACGGAGUGGGAACUGCGGCAGAUCCCCCUGCAGUCUCCUGACUUAGAAUUUGGAAGUGGAUUCCAGCCCCAAGUGCUGCCCACGCAGCCCAGCCCAGUGGCUCCUUCUCGGGCCCAGUUCUUCCUGCAGUUGUCCCCGGGCCACUAUGCUCUACUGCACUACCACCACGGCGCCGUGACUCUGCUCAAAAACUUUCCCCAGGCCACACUUGUCAGCUUUGCUACCACAGGGGAGAAGACAGUGGCUGCAGUCAUGACCUGUCGCACUGAAGUGCAAAAACCUGGCAGUGCUGGAGAUGGGUCUGUGGCGAGCUUCCCUGAGACAUCUGGUGCACAGGACUCUCUGGCUUGCUUCAAUCAGACCUACACCAUUAACCUGUACUUAGUAGAGACAGGUCGGCGGCUACUAGACACUUCGAUUUCCUUCAGCUUGGAGCAGAAGGGCACUCGACCUGAGCAGCUGUACGUCCAGGUGUUCUUGAAGAAGGAUGACUCGGUGGGCUACCGGGCCUUGGUGCAGACACAGGACCAUCUGCAGCUGUUCCUGCAGCAGCUUGCCGGGAAGGUGGUGUUGUGGAGCCGAGAGGAGUCCCUGGCAGAAGUCGUGUGCCUGGAGAUGGUGGAUCUCCCCCUGACUGGGGCACAGGCUGAGCUGGAAGGAGAAUUUGGCAAGAAGGCAGAUGGCUUGCUGGGGAUGUUCCUGAAACGCCUGUCUUCCCAGCUCAUCCUGCUCCAGGCCUGGACUUCCCACCUCUGGAAAAUGUUCUACGACGCUCGGAAGCCCCGAAGCCAGAUUAAGAAUGAGAUCAACAUCGACACCUUGGCUAGAGAUGAGUUCAACCUGCAGAAAAUGAUGGUGAUGGUAACAGCCUCAGGCAAGCUCUUUGGCAUCGAGAGCAGCUCUGGCACCAUUCUGUGGAAACAGUAUCUGCCCAAUGUUAAGCCGGACUCCUCCUUUAAGCUGAUGGUCCAGAGGACUACUGCCCAUUUCCCCCACCCGCCCCAGUGCACGCUGCUGGUGAAGGACAAGGAAACAGGAAUGAGCUCUCUGUUUGUCUUCAACCCCAUUUUUGGCAAGUGGAGUCAGGUAGCUCCCCCAGUGUUGAAGCGCCCCAUCCUGCAGUCCUUGCUUCUCCCGGUCAUGGAUCAAGACUAUGCCAAGGUGUUGCUGUUGGUGGAUGAUGAAUACAAGGUCACAGCUUUCCCAGCUACUCGGAAUGUUUUGCGACAGCUACAUGAACUUGCCCCCUCCAUCUUCUUCUACUUGGUGGAUGCCGAGCAGGGGCGGCUCAGCGGGUAUCGGCUUCGCAAGGAUCUCACUACAGAACUGAGUUGGGAGCUGAUCAUCCCCCCAGAAGUGCAACGGGUCGUCCAGGUGAAGGGGAAGCGCAGCAGUGAGCACGUGCACUCCCAGGGCCGGGUGAUGGGGGAUCGAAGCGUGCUCUACAAGAGUCUGAACCCCAACUUGCUGGCUGUGGUGACGGAGAGCACGGAUGUCCAUCACGAGCGCACCUUUAUUGGCAUCUUCCUCAUUGACGGUGUCACUGGCCGCAUUAUCCACUCCUCUGUGCAGAAGAAGGCUAGGGGCCCUGUCCACCUUGUGCAUUCAGAGAACUGGGUGGUGUACCAGUACUGGAACUCUAAGGCUCGGCGCAAUGAGCUGACGGCCCUGGAGCUCUACGAGGGCACUGAGCAGUACAAUGCCACUGCCUUCAGCUCCCUAGACCGACCCCAGCUGCCCCAGGUCCUCCAGCAGUCCUACAUCUUCCCUUCCUCCAUCAGUGCCAUGGAGGCUACCAUCACCGAGCGGGGCAUCACCAGCCGGCACUUGCUCAUUGGGCUGCCUUCUGGAGCAAUCCUUUCCCUCCCCAAAGCCUUGCUGGAUCCCCGGCGCCCAGAGAUCCCAACAGAACAAAGCAGAGAAGAGAACCUGAUCCCGUAUUCCCCAGAUGUCCAGGUCCAUGCAGAGCGAUUCAUCAACUAUAACCAGACAGUCUCUCGAAUGCGAGGCAUCUAUACAGCGCCCUCAGGCCUGGAGUCCACAUGUUUGGUUGUGGCCUAUGGUCUGGAUAUUUACCAAACUCGAGUUUACCCAUCCAAGCAGUUCGAUGUCCUGAAAGAUGACUAUGACUAUGUGCUCAUCAGCAGUGUCCUUUUUGGCCUGGUUUUUGCCACCAUGAUCACGAAGAGGCUGGCACAGGUGAAACUCCUCAAUCGAGCCUGGCGGUAAAAUGGGAGCAUCCUGCCAGAGUGGAGCCUCGGGGAAGAGAGACAGCUAAAGAGAUAUGGCCAUGGACUGUUGGAUCGUUGAGAUUGGGUUGGGUUCUUGUCUCACUUAAGUUUUGAGGAAGAAGAUGCACCUUCAUGUAGAACUGCUUUGGGAAUACGGUGACCCACACAGUCCUUGUGGGUCAGAUACCCACCUCAGCGAGGACCUCCAUGCAUUUGAUCACUGCUCUGUUUCCUGUAUGUGCCCAUCCAUGGAUGCUGUGGGUGUUUUGUCUUUGUUUUUUUCCUUCUGUGAGAUCUCAGGUUUCUUUCUUCUGAGGCUGUUUAAAUUGACUUUCGUUAUCCUUUUGUGUCUCCAGUCUUACUAGACAUACUCUGACAUCCUAUUCUCUGCCUCUUGCUUUCAAGCCUGAUGGGUCAGCUCUGCCUUUAAGGUGUGCAUGGCUGCCUGACUGAUGGGGUGGAUGCAGGAACGUUCUUAGCCAAGGUCUGAGGGUUUCUCCCUGAAGUAAGAGAAGUUAGGGAGUGAGAACUAAUUUUAACCAAGUUUUCAUUCCAGCCACCAUUUUUUUUUUCAACCUAUUAAAGCCAAGCACAUAACAGUAAUUUGAUUUUUUUCACCCACAACCUAUAAUUUUUCUCCUGAGUAUAACAAGGCUAAAACCUUUAAUUCUCUGUCUGUCUGCCUGUCUGUCUGUCUGUCUUCCUUCCUUCCUUCCUUUCUUUUGGUUUUGGGAGACAGGAUUUCUCUGUGUAACCCUGGCUGUCCUGGAACUCUCUCUGUAGACCAGGCUGGUCUUGAACUCAACAGAUAUCUGCCUGCUUCUGCUUCCCGAGUGCUGGAAUCAAAGGUGUGUGCUACCACCUGCCUUAGGGCAAAGGCCUUUUAAAGCUACCAGAUUGUCUGCACCAUGGUGAGAUCGUGAGGUCCCAGUACGUCAUAUCUCAUUGUCCCUACAGGCCCCUCUAGACAUCCUAUAGCCCAGCUGGAGGAAAGGGUCUUUGUUAAAACCUUAUUUAUUCUUGAUUGGUUUUUUUUUUUUUUUGAGACAGAGUUUUGCUCAGUAAUCCAUGCUCGCCUCAAACUUGCUAUUCUCCUGCCUUAGCCUCCCAGUGUUGGGAUUGCAGGUGUUUGCCAUCAUGCUUGGUAGUGGGCAAGUUUUAAAUUUCAUUGGUAUAAUUUUCUAUGUGGCAUUAGGCAUAGAAUCCAAGGUCUCUCAUGCCAGGCAAGUUCUCUGCACUGAGCUCUCCAUAAGGCGAGCCGUGAGGGCUGUUAUUUUUCUUAAGUAGUUUUAAAAUCUUACUAAUUUAAGUUUUGGGGGGAGGGGCUGGAAGGAGGAUGCUGGGACUCGAACCCAGGGCCUCAUAUGUUAGUGCACACUCUACUUCUACUACUGUGUUAGAGCCUCAACACAUCUAACCUUUUUACUUAUUUUAUUGGGACGGGGUCUCACCAUGUAGCCCUGGCUGGACUAGAACUAGUUGUAUAGACCACGGGUGGGCUUUUGUGUGGGGUGUGUGCAUUCCUGCCUGGGGCUUUUGUGGGGCGUGUGUGUGUGUGUGUAUGUGUGUGUGUGUGUGUGUGUGUGUGUGUGUGCGCGCGCACGCACUCUUUUCUGUGUGUACUCCUAUAUGGGCUUCUGUAUGCUGCACAGAAAGAAUCCUAAGUUUUAUCUUGUUUGUGAAUUUGGUGACUGACUGAUUGUUUUUUUGAUGGCUCAGCGGUUAAGAGCGCUGACUGUUCUUCCAGAGGUCCAGAGUUCAAUUCCCAGCAACCACAUGGUGGCUCACAACCAUCUGUAAUGGGAUCUGAUACCCUCUCUGGUGUGUCUGAAGACAGCUACAGUGCACUUAUAUACCUAAAAUAAAUAAAUAAUUCUUAAAAAAACAAAAAAACAAAAACAGAAACAAAGAGAGAAGAGGGACGGCAAUGAUGACCAUGCUCUCUGAAUAAAGCUGAUGAUCAGUGACUUUGCCUCAGCUCUGUUUUGUGUCUUCAGAGUUCACUUCCAAGCUACUUUUGCAUCCAAAUUAAAAAAAAAGAAAAAAGAAAAAAAGAAAAGCCAGAUGUGGUAGCAUACCCCUAUAAAAGCAGCAGUUGAGAGGUAGAGGAGGGAGGGUCAGAAGUUGAAGUGUGUGACUGAAGUCGAAGGGUAUCUUCAGCUACAUGCUCAGCCUAGGCUAUAAGAAACAGUGGUUACAAGUAUCUGCUGCCUUUUCAGUUCAGUUCCCAGCACUCGCACUGGGCGCCUCACAAGCACCUGUAACUCCGCCUCAAGGAGAUUCAGCAUCCUCUCCCUGCUCUGCGCGUACACAAAUGCAUGUACAGAAUAACUUUCAAAAAAAUCAGGGAAAAAUGGAGCUAUUUAGGGCAACAUGCCAACAUCCUUGUCAGCGAUAACCAGUUUCCUCUCCUGGGUUAGUGAUCAUCUGUCACUUCCAGUGACAGGCCCUAUACUGCUGGCUUUGUAAGAAGCGGCCUGGGAGAAGGCAUUGGGACCCAUUCUGCUCUAGUUUUGUUUUGUUACAAGGUCUCACCUUGCAACUCUGACUGGCCUGAAUGAACAGAGAUGCGCUUGGAUUAAAGGCAUAUACCCUAGACUCCAAGGAUAGUCUUGAGAUAGAGUGGCUGGAAUUUUGUGCAAGAUAAGUGAUUCUCACCACACUAUCCUGUUUUGUUUGCUUUAAGAUUUAUUUUUUAUGAGUGUUUCCCCUCAUUUGUGUGAGUGCCUGGUGCCCAUGGAGGCCAGAAGAUGUUGGAUCCUCCAGGAACUGGAGUUAGGGAUGAUUGCGAGCCACCAUGUGGGUCCUGGGAACUGAACUGAGGUUUCUGGAGGAUUUGCCUCCUAUAGUGCCUGCCAGGUUUCUACAGUACAGUUAGUCUGCAAGACUAUUUUUCCUACUUAUGUGCCAGAAUCUUAAAGGGGUAAUGGUCAGGAAGUGACCCUUUAUGAAGCUCCUGAUAUUUCACCUUUAACUAAUACCAUUUCACCAAAGCUGCUCAAAGCAGGAGGCUCUGCUAAGGCCAGGGGAAUGGAGAGAUGGCUCAGUGGUUAAGAGCACUGAUGCAGUACUGAUUGCUCUUUCUGAGGUCCUGAGUUCAAAUCCCAGCAACUGCAUGGUGGCUCACAACCAUCUGUAAUGAGAUCUGAUGCCCUCUUCUGGUGUGUCUGAAGACAGCUACAGUAUACUUAAAUGUAAUAAAUAAAUCUUAAAAAAAAAAAAAAGCCAAGGCAUAGGUGAAGUCUUAACUUUUCUCCUAAGUCCUGUGUAGACCAAGCUUGCCUUGAAUUCACAAUGCUCUGCCUUCUCAACCUUGAGAUUAAAAGUCUGGGCCACCAUGCCUGGCUUCAUUUUU